AUGGAAACCUAUGAGGAGUUCUGUCUGAGGACUCUGGCCGUACUGAAGGAAGAGGGGAGAUUCAACGAGCCGGCAUCUGAGCCCUACUGGCCCUUGAAAGCUCUCUCUGUCAUCCGCUUUCAUGGAAGGACUGUUCUUUCGCCUCUGGCGGAGCUGCGCCGGCGCUGUCACACCCUUGACAGUCAGCUGCAUCCCGCCCACUCCCCUUCUGGAGUUGAUUACAUAGACCGCAGCCAGGAGAGGGUUCCUCGCUUUAUGGCGGGGGUUACUCGCUUGGCCCCUAACCGUCGGUCCCCUGUGGCCCCCUUGAACCAGUCGUAUGAUGUAGAGAAUCCCUCACCGUCUGUGCUAAGGCCCCAUGUGACCCAUGACCUCUCCCAGGUGAACCUCAGGAUGGAGCCAAAUGGUCCUCAGGGGCCAAACAAGCGCAGAAUGGCGCAAAACAAAAAUGGCACUGAGCAGCUGGACAGGAAGAGAGGUAGGACUUCCUCAGAGGACACUGAGCGGAGAGUGCAGGCUCUUGAGGAAAUGCAGAGGCGUCUGGAGGAGGAGCAUGCCUUGCAGAUGUCUCUCCUCCUGGCUGAGCAGGAGAAAGAGCAGCAGCGCCUCCUACAGGAGCUGGAAGACAAAGAGAGGAGACCGAAGGAGCCCAGGUGUGACAGAAACACGAGCGAGGAUACUGGGGGGCAGGAGCAAAGGUCUGUGAGUGACAGCUAUGCUGUUGUAAGCCCCUCCUGCCCUCGACUCAGCCCUGCCCACACCCCAAGCGAACGGUCACCGGGACACAGUAUAGGUUUCCCCUCUCCUCUCAGUUCCUGUGUGUCCUCUCCUUCUGUCCAGCCCCCUGUCUAUCUGUGGGGACCCAGCUGGGGGACCAAGCCCCGGGCAAGACUCAGUCAGAUUCUAACCGCAGAGCAGCAAAGGGCACUCUGUCGACUCGGCGCCGUCACCCGCGGUUUCCUCACCCGCAGACUGCUGAAAACGGAGAAGGUCAAACACCUACGUCAGACCGUGUCGGACACACAGGAGUUCAUCCACUCAUUCAGGACUCACAGUCCACAGAAGAAAGGCGCCAUCUCAGCACAAGACCUCUCCCUACAGGAGAGAGUCAGAGCCCAGUUACGAGCGGCCCUAUAUGACGUCCAUGACAUCUUCUUUGUGAUGCCCCUGGAGGAGCGGUUAGCACUGCUGCAGCAGGACAGGGAGCUCUGCGCAGAGAGGAAACUGCGGGAGUUGGAGAAAGCCAAGGGCCCCAGGGAGAGAGUGGCGCUGUCCUCUGCAACACGGAGGUCACUGGACAGAAAAAGGAGGGUUGGGCAAUCCCCGGCCCAGGUUAGGAAGAUGCAGCAGAAGCCAAAAAGCCCAACUGCUAAUAGGAUCCUGAAACCGAGCCAAGGCCAAAAUGCCCCCGUCCCGGGCCAGCUAAGUCGCCAAGGGAGCUGGUACAGAAAAACCCCAGAGGAAAGAGUGAGGCGUGCCGACAGCCUGAAGAAGCAGCACUCCCUGGGUUAAGAGGGGGCUCCAACACACCCCCACCUGUCAACGUGAAGCCGCCAGUUUACCGGCAGAGUUACACCAUCACAAAUCCAAUUAAAGCUGCCAACAGUACGAUGGUCCGUAGUCUGCCUUCUGAGGUCCUAAUGGCUGUAGUUAACACUAAACACUACCUUGGGGAUCAAUACCAUGAUGCCAUUGUUGUUGGUUGUUUUGUUCUUUGUGUCAGUCUAGUUGUGGUUUGCCAAACCGAUUUGUGUUUUCCAUGGCUGUUACAUGGAGCUGGAGGCCUCGUGUAGGGUUUUUAAAUCGCCAGAUAGCAGAACUUAAAGGCUUUGAACGGUAGGAGAACUUGUGAAAUACUUGAUGUACUUUCAUGCAAGCAGAAAAAGUUUUUUAAAAAAGGAGGGUGGGGGUAAAAAGACAAAUCGGUGCCUAAGAGAAACGAUGACGCCUUCCCUCCUGCCUUUAGUAACCUGACACGGACGCCUGUUGUGUUUCUGAAUUGUUCCUUGCCUCCGGUGCAGCCGCCUUCACAAACACCAACGCCAUGCUGGUAGUUACAAACUGUAGUUGAGUUUAUUUGCAUGUAUAAUUGAUGACGUAUGAGAAUCCCAUUAAAGGGUUCUGGACUCCUCUCUGCAGCCCCUCCCGUACAUAACGGUGCCGACAUUCGAUCAACUCGUGUAAAUACUUUCACAGAUUUCAACAUGCUUUAACUGUUUGGCAUAGAUCGAUGCCAACUGUAGAAAAAGAUGAAUGUAUUUAUUCACAUAGUUGAGUUCUGUUUUUGGAGAUAUUUGCUGAUGGCAACCAGGCUUCACGUUUUAAUUAUAACAAGAUGCACCGCUGACGGUGGAUCUUAAAUGUUGGUGUUUGGCGGG